AUGGCGUCGUGUUCGAUGCCACUCUUACCACUCAGUCCCGCUCUCUCAUCUAGCAACCCUAUCUUCUCUCUCCGAAUUUCCAACACCACCCGAACAUCCUCUCUCUCUUAUUCCUCAAGGUCGCUUUCAGUUUCAGCUUCUUCUUCGCCUUCACUUCAAGCUAUCAUAUUCGAUUGUGAUGGCGUCAUUCUAGAGUCCGAGCACUUGCACCGCCAAGCAUACAAUGACGCUUUCUCUCAGUUCAAUGUCCGUUGCCCCUCUUCCUCCUCUCAGCCCCUCAAUUGGGGUCUCGAAUUCUAUGACGAGCUCCAGAACCGCAUCGGCGGUGGCAAACCCAAAAUGCGAUGGUACUUUAAGGAGCACGGUUGGCCUUCUUCGACAAUAUUUCAGGCUCCUCCUGAGGAUGAUGAUGCUAAAGCAAAGCUAAUUGACACUAUUCAGGAUUGGAAGACUGAAAGGUACAAAGAAAUAAUCAAAUCUGGAACU